UGCCGUGUGAAUCCCUCCUGAUAUUUUCAACAGGCAGGGCUGGGGAGAGGAUCUGAGAGGGAGCUGUGCCGUGUCUCCUUGCAUUUGUGAAAGUGAAAAAGAGAGAAAGGAAUCCCAAAAAGAAAAAGAAAAAGAAAAAACUCCUUGCAUAACUACGUACUAUCCUUUUACGCUCUGGGAUUGCACAGAAAAGACGCCGUGUUGUUUUUUUUGUGUGUGUGUGUGUGUGUGUGUGGAGGAAAAGGAGACGUUACUCACACGUUUGUCAAAGGAGACAAAAUCACACAAAAGGGACAUGUCAAGUGCAGUUCUGAGAAGAAGCUCAAGCAAGCAAGGUUUGCAGAACCUGCUGAGAGUGACGGCCCAGCGGAGUAUUGAAGAUGCGGAGGAGAUUGAACGUGAGCGGAGGCGAAGGGCACGGGAGGCCUUCCGUAAAGAGAACAGCCUGUCUGACGCAGCUGGGUCCCUUCAGGACACUGCGUCCCCGUCUGAGUUCCGUCACUAUGAGAGCGAGUCCAAACCCAGCAGUUCCCCUGCCGUGGAGGAGGACGAGGGUUUCAGUGACUGGACUCAGAGGUUAGACAGGGGAAAACGACUGAGGCAGGAGAAUGGACAUGCUGAGGAGGAGAGAGAAAUAGCUGGAGCUGCAAAACGAGAAGAGAACGUCCGCUCCGUGGUUACCACCCCCGUUCGCCCGCAGAGAUCAUCUGAGAAAGAGGAGGGUGAGGAAGAAGUGGAUAACCAGCCAGCAAGGAGACUGAGUGAGAGGAGGAGAGAGUUUGGAGCGAGAGACAGAGAAGUAAAUGAGUGGAGAGAUGAGGAGGCAAGAGGCAUAAGGAGGAGAGAGGAGGUUAAAAGACCAGAGGCAGAAGAAAAGAUGAAAGACAAGAGGACAGAGGUGAAGGUUUCAUACAUGUCUAAAGUGGUCCUGCAACAAGAUAAAAUGCCUCCCACAACCAGCGAAGACAAAGCUGUUGAAGAAAUGACAUCACAUCUGACCAAACUCAAGAAGGCUCCAAGGGUUGCCACGGGCUUAGCCCCAGAGAUGAGAGAGGAUGUGGAGGUGUGUCAUGAGACAGAACAGAAGCUGGAGAAAAUCCGUCGAAGCCACCAGGAGAAGGAAAGUCAAGAACUGGAGCAACUCAGACAGCGGCAGGCUGAGGCAGAGGUGGAACUGGAGGAGCUGAAGAAAAGGAGGGAGGAGCGACGCAAGAUUCGCGAGGAAGAGGAGCGCAGAAGGGAGGAAGAGGAACAACAGAGACUGGCCAAAGAGGAGGACGAGAAGAAAAGGAUGAAAGAGGACAUAGAAAGGAGGAGGACGGAGGCUGCUGAAAGACGGCUGAAGAGCCUCAACACCACCUGCUCCAAAGGAGACGAAACAUUUAACCCACUCAGUCCCAAAAGUCCUACCUUCAAGAUCACAGAGAGAACAGAAUCUUUAAAUCGAUCUCUGAAGAAAAGUAACAGUUUCAAGAAGACUCAGCCACCAAUGCUUCUAUCCAAGAUUGAUGACAAACUUGAGCAGUACACUCAUGCUAUUGAGAGCUCCUCCAAAGAGGUAAAGGCCACAAAGUCAGCAGUAGUUGACAUGCCAAGUGUUCCAGAGCCUGUGGCUACCAAAAAGAGUCUUUUUGAGGCUGGAGAGGCCUGGAACCAGAACACAACCAAAGGCACACCUUCCAAGGACACAGAAGGUAUGAAGGUGGGAGUGGCUGACCUGAUCACUCAUUGGGUAAAGGGGAGUCCUGAGGGAGGUAGCAGGAGCUCCCCCUCCAGGCCAUCUGAUGUUAAAUCUGGAGAUGUGUUACAGAAGAAGAACAUGUGGGAGAUCAUUGGAGAAGUCUCUUCAACUCAAAGGUCUACAUCUGGAGCAAAGGGCACCCCCUCUGGCAAAAGGUACAAGUUUGUUGUGACCGGCCAUGGCAAAUAUGAGAAGAUUGCCGCUGACAAUGAGGAUGGCAGCGGUUACUCAAAUGGAAAAUCAAAUCUGUGCCAUGAUGACCUCUAGAAACUUUGGUCACAAGAAUUUUUUUUGUUUAAUUAUGGUAUAAAUUCACACACACACAAACACACACACACACACACACACACACAUUCCCACACACACACACACAUUCCCACACAUCAUAUAAAAUAACAGCACUUCCUGCAACAACUGUUGUGCUUUUGCUAUGUCUUUUCAUGUCAACACACACAUUUUUCUUUGCUCUCAUUUUCUUAACUAUGCAACAAGCAAAUAUUUUUCUAUUGAAAUUCAUCAUGAAAUUGUGUUUGGGUUGCCAAUAUAUACUUCUCACUGAACUUUGUUUAGACUGUUAACUCACAUGAAGUAUAAUGUGUUUGUUUGUUUCCUUAUUUUAUUUUGUCCUCACUAUCUUAAAUAUUUGUACUGAUAUUGUGACAAAUUAAAAGAAACUGUUAGUUGAAUGCCAUCAAUGUGAAUGUAGAAUGGUUGGCCAUUUAUUACAAUUAACCAACACAUCCUCAAAAAGAUUCAUAAACUUGAACUCUUUGAA